GGAGGACGCCAUGAGCUUGCUGCUCUAAAAUUAAACCGCAGGUUCCAGGAUGGGUCGACUUGAUGGGAAGGUCAUUGUCCUCACAGCUGCUGCUCAGGGGAUCGGCCGGGCAGCUGCGUUGGCUUUUGCAAGAGAAGGUGCCAAAGUCAUAGCCACAGAUAUCAAUGAAUCCAAACUUCAGGAACUGGAGAAGUACCCAGGCAUUCACACUCGGGUCCUUGAUGUCACAAAGAAGAAGCAAAUUGACCAGUUUGCCAAUGACAUUGAGAGACUUGAUGUUCUCUUUAAUGUUGCUGGCUUCGUCCAUCACGGAACCAUCCUGGACUGUGAGGAGACAGACUGGGACUUCUCGAUGAACCUCAACGUCCGCAGCAUGUACCUGAUGAUCAAGGCUUUUCUUCCUAAGAUGCUGGCUCAGAAAUCUGGCAACAUUAUCAACAUGUCCUCUGUGGCUUCCAGCAUCAAAGGCGUUGUGAACAGGUGCGUGUACAGCACAACCAAGGCGGCGGUGAUCGGCCUCACCAAGUCUGUGGCUGCAGACUUCAUCCAGCAGGGUAUCCGGUGCAACUGUGUGUGUCCAGGAACAGUUGAUACCCCAUCUCUGCAAGAAAGAAUACAAGCCAGACCAAAUCCUGAAGAGGCACUGAGCGAUUUCCUAAAGAGACAGAAAACAGGAAGAUUCGCAACUGCAGAAGAAGUAGCCCUGCUCUGCGUGUACUUGGCCUCUGAUGAAUCUGCCUACGUCACGGGUAAUCCUGUUAUCAUUGAUGGAGGCUGGAGUUUGUGAUUUCAGUCAGGGUCUCCUUGCUGGGAAGGCGGGCCCUUCCUGACCACAGUGAACCUGCUUACGAAGAAAACUCACCCAACCUCUCUUUCCAAUUAACGGCAAAUUAAUGAAAACAAAACCUUUGAUGAUGUCAUUGUUCACAAGUAUCUGAGUCUUUAAAUACAUUAAUCUCUUUCUAGUCUGUUCUGAAAUCAUUGUAGAUUGGUGAGAUAAUGAACUCACUGCAAAAAA